AACUAUAAGAAACGGGAUUUCUUUUGACUUAGAAUUUUAAAAGGGAAAAAAAUCAAAGCUUUAGUUACUCUUUUAAUCAGCAAAAUAUGUGCUUUCCUAACUAAGCUGGGACUCCGUUCAAUAAAGGAUCUACUUUAUUUCACUGGAUCCAUGCUACAUUUUACUACACAUGUUCUUGAGGAAGAAGUGCAGAUAUGGAUCACGUAAGCUGCAGUUUUUCUUGUUGUUUCUGAUGCUGGGUUUUUUGCUACUGAUGGUUACAAUGCUGAAUCCACCACCCAGCAACCAGAGCAAGGAAGGGACUUUCCAGCCUGUGGAGUUCAACCCCCGGGAAGGGUAUCAGAUGGACUUUGCGGAGACCCAAGAGAUGCUGGAGACCCAGGAGGAGAGCCAGCAGUAUUACCCUUUGGAUGGUCUAUCGCCUUUCAUCUCCCUGCGGGAGGAUGAGCUGAUCGUGGCCGUCGUGUCGCCCACGGGCAAAAGGAACCACAGCAAGGCCAGGAAGGGCUAUCGCGUGGUGAAGCAGCAGAGCAGGCGGCCAGAGGGGAAGGCGGAGGGGGACCCUGAGUCCCUGCCGCUGUCCCUACCCCUGCAGGCCGGGGAAGGGGCUGCUCCGGGGGAGCGGCCGCUCGGCCUGGAGACCCACGGCUUUAACGAAGCGCUCAGCGAGCGGAUCGCGCUGCGCAGGGACCUGCCUGAGGUACGACACCCGUUGUGCCUACAGCAAAAGUAUGACUCCAGUCUGCCUACUGCAAGUGUCAUCAUCUGUUUCCAUGAUGAAGCCUGGUCUACUCUGCUGAGAACCGUGCACAGCAUUAUGGACACAGCCCCAAAGGCCUCCCUCAAGGAUAUCAUCCUUGUUGACGAUCUCAGCCAGCAAGGGCCCCUGAAGUCAGCUCUGAGUGAAUACAUCUCUAAGCUGGAUGGUGUGAAGCUCAUCCGGAGCAACAAGAGGCUUGGAGUCAUCCGGGGUCGGAUGCUAGGAGCUGCACGGGCAACCGGUGACGUGCUCAUCUUCAUGGAUUCGCACUGCGAGUGUCAGAAGGGCUGGCUGGAGCCCCUCCUGGCCAGGCUGUCCAGCAACCGAAACAGUGUCGUCUCCCCCGUCAUAGAUGUCAUAGACUGGAAGACUUUUCAGUACUAUCACUCUGUGGGCCUGCAUCGAGGUGUUUUUGAUUGGAAAUUAGAUUUUCAUUGGGAACCAGUGCCAGAGCAUGAAGAGAAGGUACGACAGUCUCCCAUCAGCCCUAUCAGGAGUCCUGUGGUAGCUGGUGCAGUGGUGGCCAUGGAUCGGCAUUACUUCCAAAAUACCGGAGCUUAUGAUUCUGACAUGACCAUGUGGGGAGCAGAAAAUCUGGAGCUGUCUAUAAGGACCUGGCUCUGUGGUGGCUCUGUAGAAAUUAUUCCAUGCUCCCGAGUUGGGCAUGUCUAUCGACAUCACGUUCCCGCUGCUUUCGCCUAUGAAGAGGCCAUUGUGAGGAACAAAAUCCGGAUAGCAGAGACCUGGCUGGGCCCAUUUAAAGAGAACUUCUACAAGCACGACACAGUGGCUUUUUUAAUCAGCAAGGCAGAGAAGCCAGACUGCAGCGAGCGCCUCCAGCUACAGAAGAGACUGGGCUGUAGAAAUUUCCAGUGGUUUGUAUCAAAUGUGUACCCUGAACUCUCCCAACCUGGGGACAUGCCAAGAUUCUCUGGCAAGCUUUACAAUACUGGUGUUGGCUUCUGUGCAGAUUACAGACCUGGAAAAGCCACUGCAGAAAGCUCUAUCAAACUCUCACCUUGCAGUGACAGUCUCACCCAGCACUUUGAAUAUAACAGCAUGAAGGAAAUCCGGCUUGGUUCUGCUCCACUGUUUUGCUUUGAUGUCAGACACGGGAAGGUUAUCCCUCAAAACUGUACAAAGGAGAUAGACAACAGCCACCAGCACUGGGAUGUCCAGGAGAAUGGAAUGAUUGUCCACGUCCUUUCUAGCAAAUGCAUGGAGGCAGCAAAGAGUGAAGAUGAGAUGGACUUGGUUUUGUCUGUGUGUAACAAGAACGCAAAUCAGGUGUGGCAAUUUGAACGUUCCCAUGGGCUACAUCAGAGAUGACUGACAAGUCUCUGUGGAGGUCAAGUCUCCAAAAUUUAACAUUACUUCUGCUUGGGAUUUAAGAUGCAUUUCCUGCAUGGACAAGAAAGAUGUUUGUGUUUGCUGUAGCAUGCAGGGAAGUUAGGAAGGUCUCUUAUCUAAAAGCCUGGCUCCUCGUUUAUUCAGCUCUAGCUAAAAUUUCUAUUUAUUCUGAGAAGCAGGGAAUAAAGAGACUGAGCACCAAUAGAUUCUCUCAACUCUGCUAUUGCAGAAGACAGUUAAGUUUGCCCUUUGAAACAACAUGGAAAAUUGGCUUCCAGACAGCCUGUCUUCAGCAUAUUCUGUGACUUCGGAGGAUACAGGAAAAUUAAUGUUUGUGAGACUUUUGAAACUGUAAGAGGAAGCCAGCCAAACCAGGAUAAGAGUUUAGCCUUGUUUAACAGUGCACUCGACUCAUAUAAAAAAAAAGUAAGUUUUAUAUGUAUAAAAGUAGUAGAUGUUUCCACAUGUAAUAGCAAAAACUUUGUUUUCCAACUAGCCUGAGUCAAAUUUCUACCCUCUAUGAGAUUACACAGAGCAUAAAGUAGCACUUAAUUAGGCACUAAUCGACUUGGAAUACUAACAGUCCUCAGCGUUUGGCACACCCUUCCUUAAAUCCUCAGUCCACAAUCUAUUUUGGAUGGGAGAAUGAGACUGAAAAAACAACUUUUUGUUUUGUUUUAAUGACAUUUAGGAACAACUCCUGAGGAAACUUUUGUGGUGGAAAGAAGGGUAACAGCUUAGCUUCUCUGCUUAUUUGCAGAGAAUUAUAAGCAGAAUUGGUGGCAUCCAUUUGCUCUUGUAAAGCCAUGGGCUGAGUUUAUUAUUAUUACUACAGUAACCGAAGUGCUGGCAGAAAACAGCAAGUGAAGGGAAACAACAGUUUUCAACAGUGGCUGCCCAGGAAGAAAAUACUGGUGCUUGCUUCCAUUUGCUUGCAGCCUCAGUUAAGUCUUUCACUCUGUGAGUUUUAGCCAAGAAGGAACUGUAGAUUCUUGCUGUCAUGGCUCUCCAGGCUGGUCCUCAAAAGACCAAAUUUCCUAGAGAAACUUCUUCUGUAGAGCCUGCAUUGCUGCUGACCUGCUGUCUUUCAAAGGGGUGAAUGAGAGUUGAGGUUAGGUAGCAAGAAUGGUCUCACACAGCAUGCAGCAGCCAAGCAGACUUCUACUUUAGUAUUUUGUUAGGGUACUUUCAAUUUUGGAGUUAAAAUCAAUAAUGAUGACACUUCCCAAGAGCCAGCUAAGACAGAAGAACAAAGAUUUGGGAGUCUUCGCACAUCAGCAUUUAUAGUAUAAAUCAGUCAUGAUCCUAUGUAUUUAUUAAAGGGGGGGGCAUCAUUAAGGAAAUUUAGUUAGGUUUUGAGAUGUUUUUCAAGAGAAAAAAUUGUGGUUUUUUUUAAUGUACAGCACAUUGUUUAGAGAAAGGAAGGAAUAACAGAAUAUUCUGCUCGGAGCCUUCCAGUCACCUGCUCUUGGUAAAUCAUAAUAAACUGAUAUUGAGCAUAUAAAAUUGGUUACAACAGAAGACACAAAAAUCAUGUUUGCAGUGUUGUCCAAAAUUUUUCCCAGUGUCUAGUUCCCUGUCUACUUCAAGUGCUACAAAUUCCACACUAUAUUCAGGCAUCACUUCAAUCAUCCUGAUUAUUACUCCUGCUUUCUUUGAUAGCAUCAGAAUCUAAUACUAUUUCUGCAGUGUUGCUUAAAAUUUCCUGUGACAUUCUUAAAAUGCUUCAACUUUCAUCUGAGAAGAUGGUAGCAACCUCUUCCAGAGCACGAAGUGAUCCCUGACCAUUGCCCAAAUUUAGGGUGAGAAAAGAGAAUUUUUUGAAUUGCAUAACAGCUGAGUAAAAUGCUAUUUUAUUGACACAUGAUUCCUUUAUUUAAAAUUAUAAGUAUUCCAGAUUUUAAAUUAUGUAUUAUUUAUUUUAUUUUGGACACUACACUAGGAAUAUCAUUCCUUCAGCAUUUGGGUUAAUGUUAAAAAAAUGUGUAUAUAAAUAUGGUAAUUGAACAGAAGUGGGAUGUAUCGCAAAGAAGAAUGAAAAGAUUUUUGGUUUAGAAAGGAGAUGUUUGGAAUUAAAUUUCAGAGACAUGGACAUCUUCAUCUUAUGUUACUUUUUAACAUAAUGAUAAAAAUGUAGAAAGUAAGGUUUGCUGUAGAUAUACGUACAAUAGAAAAAUACAUUACCUAAUACCUCUUCCAACAAUAAAAUGAAAAUAUAUGGUUCGGUACCAUUUAGAAAAUAAUUGUUAAAAUACUUCUUUUGUUUAGUAAUAGAGUGAAUGUGUGUUUGAUUUCCAAGCAAACUAAACUCCAGAGCACAGGCCAGAAGGGAGCUACAAGGUGGUCUAAGAGGUCUCUGUACAGCGACAUCCAGGGUACACAGAUUGUGUACCAUGCCAUGGAGCACACUUCCCUCUAAUAUAAACACAGCUUAUUAUUACACACAAAAAAAGCCCCAAAGGGAAAGCAUUUAUCCCUGUUUUUCCUAGAUUCCUUCCUUUAUACCUUUUAAAUGCAUUGGUUGGUUGUACCAAUACUAUUUCCUUAUUGUGGUCGUUUACACCCUGCCCCUGUGGUUGGGUCCAUCUGCUGAAACCUUCUCCUCAUGGGAAUGGGCUCAACAAAGAGUCUCUGCUAAGGGUGCUGGUGUGUUUUCCUCAUUUUUGCCCAUCUUUCAUGCAAUAGUGAUGGCUUCAGCAUCACAAAACAUGCUUUCAGCUCUGUAUUUAGACAGGGUCAACAUUCCAGGUUCUGCUAAUUCCCACUGACAGGAGAGAAACAUAAGAACAGAAUGUUCCAUGCAAGAACGAAGCAGUUUAAACUUUGAAGGCCUCCAAAGUAUAGCCUUGGGCAAGAACAAAGGAAUUCCAGCAAAACACAAAUAAACAUCUUAUAGUCUAACUCCACCUGUUUCCUUGAAUUUGGCAAUCCAGGCAUAAUGAAUGCUUUGAGCCAAACCCACCCGUGAAGCUGAGCUAAAAGGUCAGAUUCAAGAACAGGUCACCUUAUGGUUGACAACACUUUAACUAAACAGCCUGGUUUAUUCCUCUCCCAGCUAAUGACAAAUGGAAGAAAAUAAAGACUUGAAGUAUUAUUAAACAUACUUUUAAACCAAGACCCAGUCGAAGCAGUCAGUGCUGGCCGAUGGUUGGGGUUUGUCCUGGUGGGUGAGGUGGGUGCCAUCACUGACGCAGAAAAACACAAUGGCAGCGUUUCUCUCUCUGUGUUAACCUGAAGUUUAAACAGGGGGAAGGAAGGUUAGAGCAACGUUCAUGAUAAAUCCUGCAGCACAGAAAUGUUCAGGGUAUCUCUCAGUCCACAUAUAAGUGCCUCCAGGUCCUCCCUUAGAGAUGCUGAUUGAGCUGUUAUACUGUCUGCUGAUUAAAACCCAAUAGCUUCCAUUACAGAUUUCCUCAGGAAGGAAUGGAGCUAUGCUCAGGCACCUGAGACAAGAACAGUAACAGCCUAGGUUUCCAUAACAGCUGGAAGGUGACACAUGAGAGAGAGCUUUCAGAUUCUGACUUUUUAUCUCAUUUUAUCUCCAUCAGUUUGAUUCAAAUUGCAAACGUAUUGGAAGAGAGUAAAAAAAGGAGUGUUUCGCAAACAUUGGUCACAUGUUUUUAAGCUCGUGUUUUUAAGCUAUGCAAACUGCACGUCGGCCCUGAAUAAAGUAUAUCAGUGCACAGUUAAA